AACACUCAUCUCUAGCUUUUACUGUAAAACAAAAAAAAAUAAGGUUAUUUCGUAACCUACUCCAAGUUUUAGAAAAAUUUUAGUAAUUUUAAAUAAAAUUUUUAUUGUAAAUCAUGGCUCAAAGUAGAUUGGAGAAAAUUGGAACCAUUUUCACCAGAGUUACUGGUUUGUUGCGUUCGGGAGCCAUGAAGCCGGAAGAUAAACCAAUUUGGUAUGAUUUAUAUGAAGCCUUUCCUCCUAAACUAGAACCACGUUUCGAUAGACCUGCUCCUAAAGAUUUGCCAAUUAGAAAUAUAUUCUACGAGGAGGAUGUAGCCAGAGCAAAAUUUCACAAAACUAUGAAACAGCAAGAAAUGAUAAAUUUAUUCGAUAGAAAGCGUGAAACUCAAAGUCAGCACUUUAUAAAAAUCUAUCAAGGUUUAAAGUCUCAAGGGGCUUUAGAUGAAGAGAAAAUUUUUGAAACUUCUGUGGAAUUACUGCAACAAGAAAGGCAACAAAUGAAAGCCGACAGUCAAGAAGCAUUACUGGAGUCAGCUGAAAGCUUAGAAGACUCUAAGCCCAGUUUAACAGAAGCCUUUAAUGAGGCCAAGCAAGCGAAAGAAGCUACCAGUAACCAGAAUACAAACCGCGAAACUAACAAACAAAAAUCAAACACCAAAAACUCUAUAGGAGGCAUUGAUAUACAAAAUUUGUUUAAAGAUUAAUGAUUUUUUAUAUUAAAAUGAAAAAUAAUAGGUAGUUUAUUUGUGAAAAUACAUAAUUAAGUUUGUUAUUUCUUAAACAGCUAAA